UGCUGAAAAUCUGAAGUGAUUAUUGACAGACAGUGGGGAAAGAGGACAUGAUGCAGGCAACAAGGUAGCAGCCUGGCUCUGAAGUGGAAUUAUGUGCUUCAAACAAGUUGAAAGAGGACAACAAAGAGCUAUUUCCUGCUUUCAGGCAUGAAUCAGGUCACAAUUCAAUGGGAUGUGGUAAUAGCUAUUUACAUAUUCUUCAACUGGUGUCAUGGAGGAAUUACAAAUAUAAACUGCUCUGGCCACAUGUGGGUAGAACCAGCCACAGUUUUUAAGAUGGGUAUGAAUGUCUCUAUAUAUUGCCAAGCAGAAAUUAAGAACUGCCAACCAAAGAAACUUUAUUUUUAUAAAAAUGGCAUCAAAGAAAGAUUUCAAAUCACAAGAAUUAAUAAAACAACAGCUCGGCUUUGGUAUAACAACUUUCUGGAGCCACAUGCCUCUAUGUACUGCACUGCUGAAUGUCCUGGAUAUUUUCAAGAGACAUUGAUAUGUGGAAAAGACAUUUCUUCUGGAUAUCCACCAGAUGUUCCUGACAAGGUAACCUGUGUCAUUUAUGAAUAUUCAGGCAACAUGACUUGUACCUGGAAUUCUGGGAAGCCCACCUACAUAGACACAAUGUAUGUGGUGUAUGUGAAGAGUUUAGAGACAGAAGAAGAGCAACAAUAUCUUUCGUCAAGUUAUAUUAACAUCUCCACUGAUUCAUUGCAAGGUGGCAAGAAAUAUUUGGUUUGGGUCCAAGCUGCAAAUGCAUUGGGCACAGAGAAGUCAAAACAACUGCAAAUUAAUCUGGAUGAUAUAGUGAUACCUUCUGCAUCCAUCAUUUCCAGGGCUGAGGACAUAAAUACGACAGUACCCAAGACCGUGAUUCACUGGAAUAGUCAAACAACAAUAGAAAAGGUUUCCUGUGAAAUGAGAUACAAGUCUAAAACAAACCAAACUUGGAAGGUUAAAGAAUUUGACACCAAUUUUACAUAUGAGCAACAGUCAGAAUUCUACUUGGAACCAAACACUAAGUAUAUAUUUCAAGUGAGAUGCCAAGAAACAGGUAAAAGGUACUGGCAGUCCUGGAGUUCACCCUUUUUUCAUAAAACAACUGAAACAGUCCCCCAGGUCACACUGAAAUCAUUCCAACAUGAUACUCAGCACUCUGGGCUUCUAAUUGCUUCCAUCUUUAAAGGACACGUUACCGCUGACAACAGGCAACAAGACAUUGGAUUUUUAUUGGGAAUGAUCUUCUUUGCUGUCAUGUUGUCGAUUCUUUCUUUGAUUGGGAUAUUUAACAGAUCUCUCCGAACUGGAAUUAAAAGAAGAAUCUUAUUGCUAAUACCAAAGUGGCUUCAUGAAGAUAUUCCUAAUAUAGAAAACAGUAGUAUCGUAAAAAUGCUACAGGAAAAAAGUGAAUUUACAGAUAAUAAUUCCAGCGAACAGGUCCUAUAUGUUGAUCCAGUGGUUACAGAGAUAGAAAUCUUUCUCCCAGAAGAACACAAACCCACAGACUAUAAGAUGGAAAAGAAUACAGAAUCCCUGGAGACCAGAGACGGCCUGCAAAAGUCACUACUCACCAACACUACAGUUGUAUAUAUUCCUGGCCUCAGCCCUGGGUAUAAACCCCAGAUUUCAACUUUUCUCACUGGGGGAAACCAUCUCAGCAAAAAUGAUGAAACAGCUUCCUCAACUCUCAUACCACCAGCUGAUUCCGUAGACCUGGGGAAAAAUGCCAUGUUUAAAAAAUAUCCUAAUUUUGCUUUCCCUGUCUCAAGUAUGAAUUCGCUAAGCAACACACUAUUUCUUGAAGAAUUAAGCCUCAUUCUGAAUCAAGGAGAAUGCAGUCCUCUGGACAUGCAAGACUCAGUAGAGGGAGAAACUACCAUGCUUUUGGAAAAUGUUUCACCCAAUGAAACUAUUCCAGAACAGACUCUGUUGCCUGAUGAAUUCGUCUCCUGUUUGGGGAUCAUGAAUGAGGAGUUGCCAUCCAUUAAUUCUUAUUUUCCACAAAAUAUUUUGGAAAACCACUUCAAUACAAUUUCACUCUUGGAAAAGUAGAGCUGCAUAGUCAAAGUUAAUAUGGGAAAGCUGUCUUGCAAUCUAAAGUUGGAUCUCCUCCUCAAUAUAAAUUUAAUUCUGCCCUAUUUUUCAGUUGUAUCAGAGAAUUAGAGAAUUAAGAUCCAAAGAUGGAACAUACUUCAUACUCACAAAAGAAGCACCAAUAUUAGGUACACCUUCAAAAAGUAUCAACU